AUGAAUGAUUAUGCUGAUGCCCAACUUCAAGAGCUUGUCCGAAAAAUGCGGGAAAGGGCAACAGUCUAUAAGGAAAAGCUGAAAGACCCGGUGCUGUCCUCUCCUGAAGGCAGUCCUACAGCCUCACCAAAGAAGCCUCCACCCCCACCAAAAGAAGAGAAAAAAGAAGAAAAGAAAGAUGCAGAAGCAAAACCAGAAGAGGAUCACUACUGCGAUAUGCUAUGCUGUAAAUUCAAAAAACCUCCACUGAAAAAAUACUUAGAGUAUCUGCAGCUACCAGACAGCAUAGACUCAUACACAGAUCAUCGUUACGUAGCAUGGCUUAUGCUUGUGACAGUUGCGUAUAAUUGGAAUUGCUGGUUUAUUCCCCUUCGCUUUGUGUUCCCAUAUCAAACCCCAAAUAAUACAAUAUAUUGGUUUACCAUGGACGUCCUUUGUGAUAUCUGCUACCUGUGUGACUUACUGAUUUUCCAGCCCCGAGUGCAAUUUAUAAGAGGAGGAGAUAUAGUAUCAGACAAAGUGGAAAUGAAGAAAUUCUACCACAGCUCUAUUAAAUUCCGGCUUGAUGUGAUAUCAGUAUUGCCAUUUGAAGUUUUAUACUUCUUCUUUGGAUUUAACCCAGCCUUUAGAGCAAAUAGGAUGCUUAAGCAUAACACGUUCUUUGAGUUUAAUGAUCGUUUGGAAGCUGUUCUGGACAAAGCAUACAUCUACAGGGUCAUUCGAACAACAGGAUACUUGCUGUUUAUCUUGCACAUUAACGCAUGCCUGUAUUAUUGGGCUUCAGACUAUGAAGGACUUGGCAGCACUAGAUGGGUGUACGAUGGCCAAGGAAACAUGUAUCUUAGGUGUUACUACUGGGCAGUUCGUACUUUAAUCACCAUCGGUGGCCUUCCAGAACCACAAACUCUGUUUGAGAUAGUUUUUCAACUGCUGAAUUUUUUCCUGGGUGUCUUUGUCUUCUCCAGCUUAAUUGGUCAGAUGAGAGAUGUAAUUGGAGCAGCCACAGCAGGACAGAACUACUACCGCUCCUGUAUGGACAACACUGUCUCCUAUAUGAACACUUACUCCAUCCCAAAACUGGUCCAAAAUCGAGUUCGAACCUGGUAUGAGUACACAUGGGCCUCUCAGGGAAUGCUGGAUGAAUCAGAAUUACUGGAGCAGAUGCCAUCCAAAAUGCAAUUAGCCAUUGCAAUUGAUGUGAACUUUGCCAUCGUCAGUAAAGUUGAUUUAUUCAAAGGGUGCGAUACCCAGAUGAUUUAUGACAUGCUGCUAAGGCUGAAAUCCAUUGUGUAUUUACCUGGUGACUUUGUCUGCAAAAAGGGAGAGAUUGGCAGAGAGAUGUACAUCAUCAAACAGGGUGAAGUUCAAGUCCUUGGAGGCCCUGAUGGUACAAAAGUCCUGGUUACACUAAGAGCAGGAGCUGUAUUUGGGGAGAUCAGUCUAUUAGCUGCAGGUGGAGGAAAUCGAAGGACUGCCAACGUGGUGGCUCAUGGCUUUGCCAACCUUUUCAUUCUGGACAAGAAAACACUCAAUGAAAUCUUGGUGCACUAUCCUGACUCAGAAAAACUUCUCAUGAAGAAAGCAAAGGUACUGCUGAAGGAGAAGGGGAAACCUGCCCCAGGACCACCAGUGCAACAACCACGGGGCUUGGCCAGUCUCUUUGGGCAGAAAAAGGAAACUCCAAAAUUGUUUAAGGCGAUGCUUGGAGGCAAAGGGAAAGAUGGCCUUGUCACACUGCUGCAGCUGAAGAGACAACAGGACAUUCAGGAAACUCAAGCUGAAGGAGAGAACAAGCCUGAACAAAAGGAGAAGAAACCCAUGGAGCCUGCAGCCCCAUCUGCCCCUCCUGCACAAAAAGAAGAGCAGAAUACAGACGCUAAGCCCAAACCUGCAGUUAUGCACAGAGGAACCAGUAAAGAGUCUCUGAUCAUUAGUAUGUCUCCAUCCCCCAGGGCAGGAGAAGGAGAAAUCCUUAAGGUUGAAGUUAAAGAGAAAAAAAAUAAGUAG